AGUAAAGAGCGUUCUAGCCUUUGUUCCUUCAGUACUUUUUGUCCUUCACUUCAGGUUUGAUCAUGGCAGCUGAACUGGUAGCCGGUGCUUUGCUUUCUGCUUCACUUCAGGUUUUGUUUGAACGAUUGGGCUCUGAGGAGAUACCCCAGCUGUUCCGGGGGAAGAAGCUGAUUCUAGACCAGCUAUACGAGUUGAAGACCAUGUUGUGGUCAGCUCAUGCACUGCUCAACGAUGCUGAGGAGAAGCAACUUCGAAACCAAGAGAUCAGGAUGUGGCUUAUCGAGCUUCAAGAUGUGAUCUAUCAGGCUGAUGACUUGGUGGACAGGAUUGACUAUGAAGCUCUGCGAUCCAAGCUUGAAGAUGAUCAAUCCAGCAGCAGCAGUGCCAGCAAGGUACUCAUGAAAUUUAUGCCACCCUUUCUGUCCACAUUUGAUAAAACUGUUAAGCUUGAUUCCAUGGAGAUCCUUCGUAAGCUAAAGAUCCUUGUUGAUCAAAAAGAUGCUCUUGGCCUGAGAGAAGGUGCUCAGAACAAACCUUCGCCAAGGCCACCAGCUCCUUUGGUAGAACAUGCUAAUGUUUAUGGGAGGGAUACUGAGAAAAAAAUCAUUGUUGAUCAGUUGCUGAAAGGUGAUGUUGAUAGUGGUAGUAACGUUUCUGUUAUCCCGAUUGUUGGGAUGGGUGGUCUUGGCAAAACCACUCUUGCUCAAGUUGUUUAUGACGAUGAUAGAGUACAAAAGUAUUUUGAGCUAAAAGUAUGGAUUACUGUGUCGGAUGAGUUUGAUAUUUUUAAGAUAACAAAAGAGAUCUUUGAGGGGGUCACCACCAACAAAUGUGGUACUGAAAACUUCGACGAACUUCGAAGGAAAUUGAAGGAAGCAUUGAGGGGGAAGAAAUUUCUCUUUGUUCAUGAUGAUGUUUGGAACGAGUCUUAUUCUUUGUGGGACACACUGAAGAGUUCUUUUGAGUCUGGAGCAAAUGGAAGUAAAAUUCUUGUGACUACCCGAAGCACAAUUGUCGCCUCUACUAUGGCCACUGGGCAGGUUCAUCAUCUACAAUCUUUGUUGAAUGAAGAUUGUUGGCAGUUAUUUGUCAAACAUGCUUUUGGAAGUAAUUUUGACCACAAUAGUAACAAAGAUCUGCAAGCACUUGGUAGAAAAAUAGUGGAGAAGUGCAAAGGGCUUCCUUUAGCAAUAAAGUCUCUUGGUGGAUUACUGCGCUGUGAACAAAAUCCUAAAAAAUGGGAAGACAUACUUGGCAGUGACACAUGGGAGGAAUUGUACAAGAAAGAGGGCUCCAUUCUUCCAGCUUUAUGGUUGAGCUAUCGUCACUUACCUACACAUCUCAAGCAAUGUUUUGCUUAUUGUUCCAUAUUUCCCAAAGAUUAUGAAUUUGAAAGAGACAGAUUGAUUUUAUUAUGGAUGGCUGAAGGGUUUUUGCCAAUGGAUUCAAAAAGUAAAAAGAUGGAGGAAUUUGGAAAGGAAUACCUUGAAGAUCUCUUAUCAAGGUCAUUCUUUCAAUGUUCGAGUAAGAAUGCAUCCUUUCUCCAAAUGCAUGACCUCGUACAUGAUUUAGCCAUGCUUGUAUCAGAUGAUUUUUGCUUCAGGUUGGAUUUGAGUAGUGAUAUGCAUAGCCUUCCAACAAAGAUUCGUCAUCUGUCAUAUAGGAAAAGUUCUUACGACCUCGACAAACUUAAGGGUUUGAGUAAGGCUAUUUCUUUGCGUACCUUUCUAGCAUUACCAUUGCAGCUUCUAGGUGGACCAAAAUAUUUAGCGCCGUACAAUAUAUUGCUUACAAAGGGAAGCUGUUUAAGAGUGCUUUCUUUAAGUGAAUCUUCUAUCAAGGAGUUGCCGGAUUCAAUUGGUAGUCUAAUACAUUUAAGGUAUUUGGACUUGUCUUUUACUGGAAUCGAAGAGUUACAUGAGUCAGUUUGUAGUUUGUACCAUUUACAAACUUUAUUGUUGUCGCGGUGUACAAAGCUUUCUCAAUUACCAAGGAAUAUGGGAAGACUGAUCAAUUUGCGUUACUUAGAUAUUACAGAGGUACCUUUGAAAGAGAUGCCGCAAGGAAUCAGUCAGAUGAAAUGCUUGCAAUUCUUAUCAUCUGUAGUAUUGAGUGACAAACAUAAGGAUGACGUGUUCAAAAUUACAGAUUUAGCAGAGCUUGAACAUCUAAGUGGAAGCCUUUGCAUUUUGGGUUUGGAAAAUAUUAAUGAUGCAAUGGAGGUAUCAAAGGCUAAUUUAAAGGAUAAGAAGGACCUUUUGAAACUAUCUUUGAGGUGGAGCUAUGGUGCUGUUGAUGCUGAUAGUUCGCAAAAAGAAUUAGAUGUGCUUGACGCCCUUCGACCACAUACAAGCUUGAAGAGUCUGAAGAUUGAAAGUUAUAGAGGUACAACAUUCUCGAACUGGAUGGCAGAUGAUGCAUUUUCUAAUUUAGUAUCUAUUACUUUGGAAGAUUGUAAAAGCUGCUGUUAUUUAUCACCACUUGGACAACUAGCUUCUCUCAAAGAUCUCAUAAUUUAUGGAUGUGAUAGUGUGUAUUCAAUAGGUGAUGGGAUCGAUAGCAGUGGUCCUCUAUUCACUUGUUUAGAAAGUUUAUAUAUUUGGAAUAUGUUGAUGUGGAAAGAAUGGUCAUUUGGUACCGAAGCAAUUCUUCAAGAAGGUCAAGUGUUCCCUCUUCUGAAAGUCCUUUGGCUGAGGAAUUGUCCCAAGCUUAAUGUUGGCUUACCUGGUUAUCUUCCAUCAUUAGAAAGUCUCAGUAUCGGUGAUUGUGAAGAAAUGGAGUAUUUGCUUCCGAGAACUCAACAGACUGCCACAGCCCCACCCUUUCUUCAUUAUCUAUUUAUAUCACACUGUCCUGUGUUGGAGUCACUUCUAGAUUGGGGAUCACACUCCAAACUAAAGACACUUUAUCUAUGGAACACAAAAGUGCUUUUUGAGAAUCGUAUUAAAUGGGAUCUACAGAAACUCUCACGUUUGGAAGAAAUAAAUAUCAGAGGAUGGGAAAAUGAUUCGUUUCCCGACGAAGGGCUCCUUCCGAUCACUCUUACUACUAUUUGGAUCGAAAAUUGUAGCAAACUUGAGACCCUAAAUGGAAAGGCUUUUCAACAACUAACAUCCCUUACGUCCUUGGAAAUUAGAAGCUGUAAAAGCCUCCGGUGCUUGCCGGAAGAAGGGCUGCCCACUUCUCUUACCGAAUUACAUAUCUACGGAUGUCCUUUGCUAAAUCAACGAUGUGAAAAAGGAGGAGAAGAUUGGCCUAAGAUUCAACACAUCACACAUCUAUCUAUCAACAAAUUUCCACCUUUUUAGCACAUUUUCUUUUGGCAUUGCAUCCAAAAAUCAAAGAAAAUUAAACGCAACAAGGAACCAAUGCAAUAUAUGGCUGCUUAUGAUGAUUGGAUACCAAAACUGGCUAUGUGCUCAGAUUGGAUUGCCACCACUAGAGAAGUGUAAAAGAACAUAAAAGAAAUGAGAGACCGAUACAAGCCCGAAUUCACAGGCAUGAAGCAGAAGAACCUCUGAAUGAAUUUUUCAACACAAAAUGCCUAUACCGAACCAUGAACUGCACAUAUCAUCCAGUUAUCUAAGUUACCAUGCUCAACUUGGGUAUGUGUAUAUCUGUAAAGCUGAUGCUUGGCUCCAAUAUUAUCUGUUGAAGGGUUAAACUGUUUGAAUCAGGGCCUCAGAAUCACUUUGGGAAUACACUUGGCUUAAAAUAAAGAUUUAGUAUUCUCAUUUGAACUACUCUUCAUUCUUAAAAGGUCACAGAUUAAGCAAUGAACCUUUUUAAAAACAAAAUUUCCUCUGCCAUAUUAUAUUCUCUCGACAACUAACAUCCCUUACAUCCAUGAGUAUUAAUAACUGUAAAAGCCUGUGGUGCUUGCUGAAACAACGAUGUCAAAAAGGAGGAGAAGAUUUGCCUAAGAUUGAACUUGAACACAUAGCUUCCAUGUUCACAAGACCCCUGUGGAGUCAUGAUGGUGAUGACUGAUAGUCCUAUUCUUACUUCCCUGUAAGUAAGUUCUCUUUCUUUUUCCACUUUCAAUGCAAGAAAGUGUUUUACUAGUAGUAUAUCAUUUGCAAUAGCCACUUCGGCUGCGAGCUCAAUGUACCCAUUGGUUCAACACGAACAUCUGAGUCGCUCUAUAGUAGAGUCAGUUAAAGUUGACAAGUAUUCAAUGCUAAGUGUUAUGAAGAGGUGUCAGUCAAAUUGAUCAAAUAAGCAGUUAGUUAGUUUAACCGUUUUAACGGUCAACUAACUCAGCAAAAUGAAGAAACCAACCAAGGGUACAAGACUGUUUUCUGUAACUAGUGUCUGAUUUUGAUAAAUGUAUUUCAUUUUAUGAUGCAAGCUAAUUAACCAGUAUAUAAAGUGUGCUAGGCAGAGAGCAAGUGAUUAUGAUAGAGUUUUGAUAUAACUUCGUACGUAAAAGCUUUUACCUUUGUAAAUCUCAUGUGUGUUUUCGGCUUUAAUUUUCAAGACUAUCUUCAAAACAGAAAUAUUUAUUUGCUUUGUUUUGUAUUAAGUCAUACAAUGUAGAGAACUAGUUUGUUUUGAUUUCAAGUUUAAUGGGUUCAAUAUAAUCUUCCCCACCUAUCUAUAUAAUCAAUCAAGUUGUGUUUUUCACUUUAUUUUUUGGGUCGUAAAGAAGUCACCGCUUAAUAGAUUGUCGUUUUGAUUGGAUUUGAAGCUAGUGCUUUUUACAUCUCUAGAGAUAUAGCUACUGAAACCAAACAAGUUCAUAUUGCCACAAGGAGCCCUGAUGUGAAAGUGGAAAAGAUGGAAAACAACAGCAAUAUAUGGCAGCAUAUGAUAUGAUAGAUCAUGUUUGAAAGAUGGUAGAGUUGCUUUUCAAGAUGGAUCCUCAGUUUGUGCUGAUGCCAUUUUCCAUUGUAAACUUCAAAUGAAUUUUUUCUUUGAUAGUGAUUGUGGACAAGAUCAAGUUCAAAUAUGAUCAUCCAUUUCUUGAAACAAAUGGAGUUGCAACUGUUGACGAAAACUGCGUUUGUUGAACCCUUAUAUCGUCACGUCUUUCCUCCAAGCUUGGCUCCAGGGCUCUCCUUUAUUGGUAUACCUGUAAAGGGUCUGCUCUUCAACAUAAUAGAGUUACAUUAAUCCAAGUGGAUUGCUGCCAAACAAAGAGGAAAUGAUGGGUUCCACUAAUGAGUUUUACAAGCAAAUGCAGGACCAUAUCAGCAAAUUUCCUUCUUUUUAACACAUGUUCUUUUGGCAUUGCAUCCAAAAAUCAAAGAAAAUUAAACGGCAACAAGGAACCUGGAUUUGAAAGUGAAAAACUUGGAAAACCACUGCAAUAUAUGGCUGCUUAUGAUGGAAUUUCCAGUGCAUGGACAAGAAGCAAAGCUGUGGCAAAAAUGAACACACCAUGUUUUUUUUUAAAGAGUGUUGAACUAAAAUCAGUGCUCCAAUGACACAAUUGCACGAAAUGAUUAGGAGAUUAAUCAAAAUGGCAAAACUAAUGAGAUGCUCAAGUGUACUUGGAUUCUGGCUCCACCCUCAAAUGGAUAUUCCUUAAUCAAAUCAGUGCAAGCUUUGGUCAAAAAUUGAAGUUCUGUUUUAAUCUGCAGCUUCUUUUGCUAUUAUUGGUGAUGCCAUAGUGUCUGCUACUUCUUCUUUGAAAGUGACUCUAAACAGGUCAAAUUAAAUCUGAUCAACCAUCUACCUCCCCCGUCCGGCUUUGGAAUAUUUCAUCUUGCAUUGUGGAAGAUUGCUCGAAUCUUCAGUAGCUUUGCUGCCCUCAAUGUCACCAAAUGGGCAGCUGCUUCUGUUUUUAAUGAACUUGAAGAGUGGUGUGAAUUAAUGCCUCAGUUAAUUUUCUUUUUGUGGAUGAAAUGUACUUUCAUUGUUAGCUCUAUUUUUCUAUACUUGGAAGUUCUUAUAUAUGUGACGCCUCACUGACUUGAAAAUAUUUGGCACUGAGAUUUGUUUUUAAUUUUCAAUGAAGUCCCAUUUGAGAUUGCUAUU